AUGGAGUCGGCUGUGAUCCAAAAGCGACCGAGUGAGGAUGAGAUUAUUGAGUGCUGGGAUGACGAUGACGACCUGCAGUUCAACGAUGGACACCAGUUUCGGACUGCAUCGAGCUCUGGCUCUAUCACAAAUUUCUCACUUCGACCUUCUGGACACCGUGAUUCAAUCUCUUCGCGUCGUUCUGCGCGCUCCGAUAUCGACUCGAAUGCUGGAGACGAGGACUGGCAGGUCCUCUUACAUUACAACGAUGAGUUGGCUAAAGAAGAGGCUCUUGCCUCUGCCAAACAUGCUGGGAUUCCUAUACCUGCCAACAUCCCCAGUUCCGCCCUCAUUGGCGGUGCCAUCAAACGCUUAUCGACCCGGAAGACGAAGCGGUCAUUCGUGGAUGACUGGUCCGACGACGUAGAGAUCCCAGACCCUGAGAUGGUACUACAGCUACGAACACCGCAAUAUUCGAUCUUUCCUGAGUCUAUACGUUCUGUGGCUACCAGCCCCGUUAAAUCCACAGCCUCACCGCCUUGGAACGACGUUCUGUCAACACGCAUCCAGUCGGCAUUGGUUUCCUUGGAUCGAUUCCAGGAUGAAAACACCACUCCCAUAGAACAGAUCGUCCCUAUUAUUAAGGCUCCACCUUCCCGAUCCCCACGUAAGACCUCUCUCAACCUGCCUAGAAAAACCCUUGCACUGAGACGGGACGUGGAAGAUUUUGACCAAGACCUUGAGUUCCCCCCGGACCAUCAACCUCUUCAACUGACCCAUCGGAAAGAUUACCUUGGCAUCUCAAGCCCGACGCCUCUAGAUGAUUUUGAUCUCGAGUGGGCGGAAGGGAGCAUUGGCAUUCGACUUGCUGGCACAGCUAGAGAUGGUCGCUCUGUUCCUAGCUCCACUAUCUCCCUUGCGAGCCCCAGUGUUUCAAGCUGUCUCACUGUGGAAAGCGAAGAGGAUGGUCUCGAUGGCCUCGUGUUUCCCGAAGGACCAUUGGAUUUUGGUGCCUCUCUGAAAAAGCGCCAGGAGAGCUCCCCUGGAGAAGCACCUACCAAGAGAGAUUUAGGUUCAAGCCCACCAAACUUCUCAGAUGUCGACGACUUCUUCGCUGGCAUUGAAGUUGAUAAUGGGAGAGCAUUUUCACCGGGCAAAAUGAGUUUGAACCCAAACGUUAAGUGCAAGACAGAGCGGCCAUCAAGCCCAUCACGUCGAUCUGCCACCACCCUAACUUUCACCAGCUCAUUAGACUCUACGAGCCAGAAUACUCGUAUUCCUCGUUUGUCUAGCAGCCAUGAGCGGACCCAAUCUACCCAUUCUAAUUUGGAAACCGUCUCUGAAAGCGGUGCACCUUUAUCGAAAUUCCAAAGUUCUCAAUGUCGACUUGGACAUACAGCCCAAACAUCAGUUUCCAGCCUGCCACCAACUGUCCCUGUCCCGACCUCCAAUUCUCCCGUUACAACCCGAAGGAUUCUCAGUUCACGUACAUUGAGAACCCCUCCAUUAUCUGCCGAUUCUAGUAGCCGGCUUCAGACUAAACGGUCCCUGCCUUCUAUUCGUGGGGUACAGAACUCACAACGAACUACAUCUCAUUCGAAGGAUUCCAUCCGCCGACCAAAGACACCUGUUGAGCGCCUCGUCGCAGACGGCAGAGCACUUCGCAGGCCACAGGGUGCACUGUCUUCGGCUGGCCCACUCGAAAGGCAAUCUUACCCUUCAGCUUCGUCGAACACCUAUCGCCCUUCCCGUCGUGCUGGUUCGGACAGCUCUGGUGAUCUUUAUAUGCCCCAGAACACAUUUUCUCGACUAUCUCGACCGUCUCCCCCAGAAUCCCUACAUCUUACCAAACCCGAGACAUCCGGCUCUGCGCGUACGCUCAAUCGACCAACAAAGCGACGAAACUUUGGUGAUGGAACCGAAUUGGAGUCCUUUGAUGAUCUGCCAACCUCUGUCAACUCUGAAAGCAAGUUCGUCAAGAACCCCGCCGGUCGAGGUGCUCCCCGAUCUGUACGCAGCAGGCUUAGUGUCAGCCGAAUCACUCCACCUACCUCGUCUCCUACUACUACACCCCCUUCAGCCCCAAAGCCAAGCCACUCCACACCCCGAUUUGCCCGCGACACUAACUCCUCCCGCAUUGCGAGAGAAUCACGCAUUUCCUCUUUAAGCUCGAAGCCUCGUGACGUGACCGGUCCCCUCCUGCCUUUCAACCCCAAUUGGAAGGGUCCUAUCUCACGUAUAUCCUCCAAUGGGGCCUCGGUUCGAAGCCGAAAGAGCAAAUCUACCUCUAAACUUCCCUCAAAACCUCAAUUGAUCAAGCCGUUGGGAUCCAGUUUGCAAGAAUCUAAGUCUGUACGAGGCAUGCGGUACAACCCGAGCGCAUUCCGCUGGGAAGGAAACGAGAAUCUCGUACAAGAUUUUGAUAUUGCCACUGCACCGAAGUCACCAAAACCAGCCCCUGCACUGAUCACUAAUGUGGGUACUACGCAAAAUGUCCAGACCGUCGGCGGUAUGGUUUUUGACCCACACCGCAUGUGUUGGCUUCGGGCGAGGUCUAUCGAGUCUGGAAAACAAGGUGGAAUCCCACCGGAAGACGAGAUUGAUGUCUUUGCAGGUCUAGAUGAUUUGGAAGACAAUACUACCGGACGGGGCUGUUCGGGAAUGAUGGACGAGUGUGUACCUGAUGCUGAGGACCCGAGUGCUGGUGAUUCAUCAGACGAAGGACCCAUCACCGAAGAAUUUGAUGUCGGCCCGGAGUUCAUUCGACGCCAACGGGCCGAGGAAGAGAAAUGGAGACGGAAGGUAGACAAAUGGGUUGGCUUUGACCGUGGAGAUCGUGAAACCCACUGGCGAUGGGCCAUCCGUGAUCUUGGGGCCGAUGGUGGCAUGGACACCAUG